CUAUGCCCACCCCACCUGCCAGUUCUUCCCUGGCACAGGGACACAGGACCAAGUAUCUGCCAUCUUGGGCUAAGCACAGUCACUGCCAAGGUCCCUCUGCUUUUUUCUGACUUCCUGACAGUCCCCAGGUGACCUCCCCCCUCCUAGGGGCAGCCAGAGGGACCUAAAGAGAAGCAUUUGCCGCCAUGAGCGUUUGCUGGAACCCCACCCUCAUGGCAAGAGGCUCUGUCCUGGUGGGGCCCCUCGGCUGCCCAAGGCCUCCCCUCCACUGCCCCAGCGCUGGCCCAUCUACAGCCAAGGCUGGCCACAGAGGUCUGCAGCCUAUCCUGUGGCUGGCCACACCCCAGCUAGGGCCCUGCACCCCCCUGAAGGCUUCCCCACUCACCCCGUUUCUGGGGACCUGACUCUUCCUGGUCCCUCAGAUACAGCCCUAGGGUCACAGGCUCUGGAGGGCUCUCUGCCUGACCUGGACGCCCCUCUGUCACCAGCCUGCUAGAGCUGUGGGCUUGUUUGCUUCCCACUAGAGGACUCCCCAAGGGCAGGGCCAGGGCAGACAGCUUCCUGAGCCUCCUGCGUGGGCACAUGGCACAUGCUGGUGGUGACUCUGAGCAAGGCAUGACAGGCCCAGGGAGCUGGAAGGGAGACCACAUGGGGUCACACUGCCGCAGUCCUGGGCGGUCAGGUCCUCAGGCUUCCACUAGGGCCCGGCACCUCCAGUGAGAGGGAAGUUACCCUCAGCUCAGGCCCCAGUGACGGCACACUCAGGGAGAGGAGAGCCCUGGGCUCCUUGCCCGCCCGGAGGGCUGAGCCAUGGGAAAAGCGGGAACCCAGCAGAGAGUGGACAGUGAACGGGGUACCUGUGGGAGUGGGAAGGAGUGCUUUUGGGAAGGGCCACAAGGACCCUGCAGAAAGCCAGAGAGCAUUCCGGAAGUGUUGCUGGUGCCCUAGGCCCACGGUCAGCAGUGGGGGGCUGGGCCUGAGGACCCGCGUCCACUGCAUUUUGUGUGGCUGAUCUCCUCAGCCAGCUCUGCAGUUUGGGGACUCAGCCUGGAGAGACCGGUUUGCUGCCCCAUCCCCGUGGAGUACUGCCCCCACCAGACCUGGGACGCAGGGGCUUAGCUGGGGACGCGGCUGCUGCAUCCCAGCAUGAGUGUCCCCCUUGGGCCCGGAUGGUGGGGGUCCUCAGUGUGGGGGCCGGAUCAUGCCACACCCCUGAGGGGUGUGGUGGGGGGCUCUUCCUGGGGGCCGCACUUUCUGGGGCCGCAGGCACCGCGCCGCCCCCUCCCCGCUGCAUACCUUGCCCACAGCAGAGCAGCUGGGAGGCUAUUUAUAAAGGAGGGUGAGAUCAGCGGCGGAGGCUAUAAAUGCUCGGGCCGAGGCCAGGCCCCACAGGAGCAGCCGCCCGGGGGGAGAAGGAGCUGCGGUGCCGUGCAGCCGGGAUGAGCGCCAGCGCGGGCGGCGGCGGCGGGGACAGCGGUGGCAGCAGCAGCAGCUCGCAGGCCUCCUGCGGGCCUGAAUCCUCGGGCUCUGAACUAGCCCCUGCCACGCCAGCACCACGGGUGCUGCAGGGGCUGCUGGGCUCCGACGAUGAGGAGCAGGAGGACCCGAAGGACUACUGCAAGGGCGGCUACUAUCCUGUGAGGAUUGGAGACCUGUUCAAUGGGCGGUACCACGUGGUGCGCAAGCUGGGCUGGGGCCACUUCUCCACUGUUUGGCUCUGCUGGGACAUCCAGCGCAAGCGCUUCGUGGCCCUCAAAGUGGUGAAGAGCGCAGGGCAUUACACGGAGACAGCUGUGGAUGAGAUCAAGCUCCUGAAAUGUGUCCGAGACAGUGACCCCAGUGACCCCAAAAGAGAGACCAUUGUCCAGCUCAUCGAUGACUUCAGGAUCUCGGGGGUUAAUGGAGUCCACGUGUGCAUGGUGCUGGAGGUCCUGGGCCACCAGCUCCUCAAGUGGAUCAUCAAGUCCAACUACCAGGGCCUGCCCGUGCCCUGCGUGAAGAGCAUCGUGAGGCAGGUACUGCACGGCCUGGACUACCUCCACACCAAGUGCAAGAUCAUCCACACAGACAUCAAGCCCGAGAACAUCCUGCUGUGUGUGGGGGACGCCUACAUUAGGCGCCUGGCCACUGAGGCCACAGAGUGGCAGCAGUCAGGGGCACCACCUCCAUCCCGCUCCACAGUCAGCACUGCCCCCCAGGAGAUCUUGCAGACUGGUAAGCUGUCAAAAAACAAGAGGAAGAAGAUGCGGCGCAAGCGGAAACAGCAGAAGCGGCUGCUGGAGGAGCGACUGCGGGACCUGCACAGGCUGGAGGCCAUGGAGGCGGUGGCGCAGGCGGACGACUCCGGCAAGAGGCUAGAGGGAGGCAGUGGGUCUACGUCUUCGUCCGGCUGCCACCCUGGGGGGGCUGGGGCUGGCCCCUCCCCGGCCUCCUCCUCCCCGGCCCCUGGGGACGACCGCAGCCUCAGCCCCGGCUCCCGGACCUCAGGCUUCUCGGGCUCCCUCUUCUCUCCCGCCUCCUGCUCCAUCCUCUCCGGCUCCUCCAACCAGAGAGAGACGGGGGGCCUCCUGUCACCCAGCGCACCGUUUGGUGCCUCGAACCUUCUGGUGAACCCUCUAGAGCCCCAAAAUGCAGAUAAGAUCAAGAUCAAGAUCGCCGACCUGGGCAAUGCCUGCUGGGUGCACAAGCACUUCACUGAGGACAUCCAGACGCGGCAGUACCGGGCUGUGGAGGUGCUGAUCGGUGCCGAGUACGGGCCCCCAGCUGACAUCUGGAGCACAGCGUGCAUGGCCUUCGAGCUGGCCACUGGGGACUACCUGUUUGAGCCUCACUCUGGAGAAGACUACAGUCGUGAUGAGGACCACAUUGCCCACAUUGUGGAGCUUCUGGGAGAUAUCCCCCCAGCCUUCGCCCUCUCCGGCCGCUACUCUCGGGAGUUUUUCAACCGGAGAGGGGAGCUGAGGCACAUCCACAACCUCAAGCACUGGGGCCUGUAUGAGGUCCUCAUGGAGAAGUACGAGUGGCCCCUGGAGCAGGCCACGCAGUUCAGUGCCUUCCUGCUGCCCAUGAUGGAGUACAUCCCUGCAAAGCGGGCCAGCGCAGCCGACUGCCUCCAGCACCCUUGGCUCAACCCCUAGGCCCUGCUCGCACUCUGGGAAGCCUGGGGCGGGACGGGCCUACCCCCAACUCCUCCCACACCCCCACCAGCUCUCAGUGCCUUCAGGGGAAGCACCUUGUGGGAGCUGCCUUCUCCCACCCUGUUGGGUGCCAGCUUUCUCCCAUCUCCCACGGGAGGGCACAGGCUGGGGCCAGGUCCACCUCUCAGCAUUUGUUCUGCCCCCAGCCCUCACCAGGGCCCUCUGAGCAGGAAGUGCGUGUGUUUCUUUUGUUAAUAAAGUGUGAACUGAAACACCA